AGAUGCCUUAGCAGAAGGGUUAAUGGAACUUUUAAGACCGUCUGUCGAACAAUUAGACGACCAUGUUAGAUUGACUCUGUGAGUGGUACAUUUCUUUUUCUUAACAGAUAUAUUAAAUAACGUUUCUAAUAUUAAUUAUAUAAUAUAAAAACAUUACCUAAAAUUGUGUUAUUUUAACGCUAAUUAUUCAUCUGUUUAUUGUUACUUAACUAUCCGAAAAAUAUACUACCCGAAAACAACAAUUAAGUAUUUUGAUAAUAAAUCGACUAUUUGUAUACUUUUAUGAAGUCAUAAAUAUUAUUCUGAAAAGUAUUAGACGCAUAUUUUCGAUUUGAAAUGGAAGAUGAUGAUCUAAUUAACAAGAGAACGGGCAAUAUAAAGCCACCGCAGUUAGAGACUCUUAUUUCGUUUAUGGAAAAUCAUCCUAAUUUGGCCGUUGGAAAGAAAGACAAUUUAUCGCCCGAAAAGAGAAAAGCCUUGUGGAAUGACCUGUAUUUUCAACUAAAUGCUGUUGUUGGGGGUACCCGAAAAAAUUUGGACCAAUGGAAAAAAUCUUGGAAUGAUCAGAAAGCAAAAACUCAUGCAAAGGCUAUGAAGCUUAUUGAAACUGGAGGCAACAGCACAUAUCUAACGCAUCUAGAAGAAAGAAUACUCAAGAUUUUAUCAUCCACUAAUGAAUUCAAGUCUCCUCAACCUUCUUCUGAUAUUUUCUUAAUUCCCGAAACAGGCAUAGUUUUCUCAUUGCCGAUAGUUGCACAGGAUGCAAGUCAAUCUUCAGUGUCAAAUGCUCCUUCCACUUCCCAAGAGGCACCAGAUGCACCUCUGUGUGAUCCUUUAAUGUCAGAAACAAGCAAUAUUUCAGCCACAGAAGGUCUCCCUAAUGUAGCUGUUGCUGUAUCUUCUGAAGAAAUUUCUCUAACUGAUGACAGACAUACAUUGAUGAAUUAUAAGCCACUUCCAGAAGCUGAUACUCCAGUUGUUACUUUGUCUUCUGAUAUUCCUAGCAUAAUUAUACAGGAAACACAAGCAAAAAGAAAUCUUAUCACAGAGACUACAAAAUCUGUAACUGAAUGUUCUGUGGAGGAUAUAAAAUCUGUAACUAAUUAUCCUGCAGAAAUCUCAGAAUCCAUAAAUAAUCCAUCUUCUACUACAGUGUGUAAUCCGUCCAUUGCAGCUUUUGGGAAAGACCGCCGAAGAAGACGCAAUCAUAAAAGAAGCCAUUAUAUGACUGCUGAUAAAGCAGCUGAAACUUUUGGAUAUAUUUCUCAAAGGAACUGUGCUGUGCUGGAAAGAAUUGCUUCUGCAAUGGAAGCCCAAGCUAAUAGGGCUGCCAAACAAACUCAACUUAUGCGAGAAAUAAUAGAUGUUGUAAAGCAGAGAUAAUUUAUGAUGUCUCGUAGUUUGUGUUAUUUUACACCAAUAAAGAAAUUGUAACAAUUU